CUUCAUCUUAGUCAUCAACUGAAGAACAGUCUUACAGACCAAACGUCAUCUGAGAGUCGCGAGACCAUCCGAGGUCAACUGAGACCAUCAUGGCGAUAGGCCAUGUGGCAAAACUUUGGCUGGUGGCCCUGCUGGUAGCAGUUGCACUGUCUGCGACAGCCACAGCUGCCACGACAGCCGCCGCUGGCACGGAGACGACUGCCAAAACUGACGCUGCAGAUGACAGCAUGGCAGCCGAUGGCGCCGUGGAGAAAACCACCGCGGCGCCUCAGGUCGACCCAGCUCCUGAAGAUGGCCCCAUGGACGACCCAGACGAGGACGAAGACGACCCUCCCACCGGCGUCGGAGCCGCAGCUGAUGCCGGAGCCUCCGUGGGAGAUGAUGUCGAAGAAUCCGUUGAAGAGGACGAUGAAGAGGAAGAAGAGAAGGCGGGGACUGGGAAGCGGUCGGUGCAGGACACACUGAACAUCGUCAGGGGAAAGGCGAGCUCGACCUGGGAGGCCACGCAGAAGAAGCUGAAAGAUAUGUUUGAGGAAAACAAGGAGAAAUUCAAGAACACCGUAGCUGGAUGGCCAGAUAAAGUCAAGAAUAAGUUCAGCAAACUACCUGAGGAUGUCAAAACUAAAAUUUUCGGCGGAAACGUCAAAGGUCUCACUCAGGAAGAGAUCAGCCAGCUCAACAAGGGUCAGCUCCGGAUGCUGAUGCCUGAACAACCUAGCUGUCUGAAUCAAACCAUCCAAGAGAAGGUGUUUGAGCGUUUCAAGGCUCUUAACGACGGCCAGAGCAUGCGCCGCGUGCUGGAAACGAUGAACGUAGAGAACAAAAUGGACCUCAUCGGAAAGAUCGCUGAAGUUAACGCCAAACUAGGCAGCAAUGAGAGGGCCAAGGAGCGCGUUGUGAUGAGCGUGGUGGACAAGCUCGGUGACCCGAGGAACUGGACAGAAGCCGAGGUAGACAGCAUGAAGGCAAAGGGCAUCCUGAGGCACUACCCGCCAGCCAGGCUGACCAGGCUCAACAACACGGCCCUCAUCAACAAAAU